AUGGCAGAACCAUCCACCGCCGAAACCACCUCCGCCAGCGAUGCUCAUCCGGCUUCCUCGUCGCUCAACGUCGUCGGAUUAACGAGCGACGAGAACAAGAAGCCUUCUCCCAAGUUCUUGGACGAGCCUGAAGACUCCAACAUCCAAGCGGUUUCGUCCGGCGACACUCCGUACACGUCAGCUACCACCUUCGAAGAAUUGAAUCUCUCACCGGAGCUUUUGAAGGGACUCUACGUGGAGAUGAAGUUCCAGAAACCUAGUAAGAUCCAAGCCGUAACCUUGCCUAUGAUCUUGAAUCCUCCGAAUAGGGAUUUGAUCGUACACGCGCAUAACGGUUCCGGAAAAACCACGUGUUUCCUUCUUGGUAUGCUUAGUCGAGUUGAUCCAAAGUUGCAGGCUCCUCAAGCUUUCUGCAUUUGCCCAACCAGGGAGUUGGCUAUUCAGAAUGCAAUAGCUGGUGGCCCCAUACUUCCGGAAGAAAAGCUAUAUCCCUCCAAAGGGAUAUCUGAUCAGUAUUUAGGAUCUGCAGUUGUAGAGCCAGCUUGGUUGAACUAUUUCAGGGAAUGGGGUCCAAAAACUGAUUACAGUAUAGAUGAUGAGUUGAAGAAGGUGGAGAAGUUGUUGCCUGGGAAGCUAAAAUCUGCUUUUGAAAAUUUUGUAAAGAGUUUACCAAAGGAAGUGCUGGGAGCGGAAGGACCCACAGGUCCAAAGGUGAAGAAUAAUUGGAGUGGUGAUGAAGCAUGA